AUGUCGCGUCAAUGGCAUCGUGAAGCUAUCUCAAACUUUCUGGUGGUUGAAGGCAAGAUUAGGCGGGUCAUUUAUUCAUCCGGCCCGUGGGGAGUGGGGCGCCUCUGCAGUGUGGCGUUAGCUGACAGCUUGGGACUUGCACCUUUGACUUUUGGCAUUGCUCGUCUGGAGCUUCGCUUGGAGAUAGCUGCUUUGCCACCUAGGCGGCUACAUGACGUGGAUAGCGUAAACGAGAAUUUACGACAUCCGGAAUCUUGCAGCUUUUUGAGCAAAUUUGGGGGCAAUAUUUUGAGAACUGAGGGGUUCCAACCUAUGAAAUGGUGA